GACGGCCGGCGCGUACCGGGCGGCUCUUCGGGCGGCGAGGGCGUGCUGGUGGCGGCCGGCGGCUCGCCCCUCGGUGUCGGCACAGACGUGGGCGGCAGCGUGCGCGUGCCAGCGCUCUUCUCCGGCUGCUACGGCUUCAAGCCCACCUGCGGACGCCUCAGCUGCGUCGGUCUGCGCGCGGUGCUGCCGGCCACGUUCGGAGUACGCGCCACAGUCGGCUUCCUCAGCCGUGAGAUAGCCGGCCUGCAGAAGGUGAUGGAGCUCCUGACCUCGCCACUCGAGGCGGCGGACAUGUACCGGCUGGACCCACUGGUGCCGCGAGUCUACUGGAACAGCCAGAUGGCCGGCGGCCGGCGCCGCUGGCGGGUCGGCUACGUGGCGGACCUGCCCACGUUCCCGAGCACGCCCGGCUGCCGGCGCGUGCUGACAGAGACCGUGCAGGCGCUGGAGGCGGCCGGCCACGAGACGGCACCCUUCCACCUGGAGGCGGACCACGCCGCCAUGGAUAUUAUCAUGCGGACGGUGAUACCGGAUAACGGGGUCUACAUGACGCGCGCUGUAGCAUCGAGACGCUCGUGGCCAUGCUGCUGCGUCCCGCGCUGGCUGCGCGUCCUCAUCGCCUGGGGCACCAGCAACAACUUCCGCUACCUUGGGACGCGACUGAAAGCCUGGACGGGCACCACGGUGGAGGCGGUGCAACUGAAGCUCGCCUGGAAUCAGCUGGUCGACCGUACUCUGAAGCAGUGGCGCGCCGCCCGCCUCGACCUGCUCGUGCUGCCCGGCUUCAUGUGUCCGGCGCCGCCGCAUGACAUGAUCAGCAAUCUGGUCGUGGGCGGUGUCUACACUUUCCAUUUUCAACGUGCUGAACUUCCCGGCGGGCGUGGUAAACGUGGGUCACGAGACGGCCUGAAGACCAGACCGCCCUGGAGGAGUACCCCACACCCUCACGUGGAGCUGCGCUGGGUGGUCGAGCUGACCACGACUGUGUCCGGCUGGCUGACCACGACCGUGUCCGGCCAGCCGACCACGACCGUGUCCGCAGCUGCUUACGGCCGUGCGACGCGGGGCGCACUAGGUCAGCCACUGGGCGUGCAGGUGGUCGGCCUGCCCUGGAUGGAGAGACAGGUGCUGGCCGGCAUGGCCGAGGUGGAGCGCGCGCUGGCCGAGCACAAGCAGUGGAAGCGGCCGGGCGGGACCUGA